UGCCCGAGCCCCAUUCCGGGCAGCCGCCGCGCGCCGCCGGGGCCCCGGCCGGGGAGGAUGCCAGACGCCCGGGAGAGGCCAGAGCCGCGGUGGCGACGGCGGCGCGAUGGUGGUGACAAGCUCUGCCCGAGGCGGCGGCGGGGACCGCGCGCCCUCCCGGCGGCGGGGCUGCGGACUCGCGCCGGCCGGGGCUGCGGCGCUGCUGGCCGGGGCGAGCUGCCUGUGCUACGGCCGCUCCCUGCAGGGCGAGUUCGUGCACGACGACGUGUGGGCGAUCGUGAACAACCCCGACGUGCGGCCCGGCGCCCCGCUGCGCUGGGGCAUCUUCACCAACGACUUCUGGGGCAAGGGCAUGGCCGAGAACACCAGCCACAAGUCCUACCGGCCGCUCUGCGUCCUCACCUUCAAGCUAAACAUAUUUUUGACUGGCAUGAACCCAUUCUACUUUCAUGCAGUAAAUGUAAUUUUACACUGCCUCGUGACUCUUGUGCUGAUGUACACCUGUGACAAAACUGUCUUCAAGAAUCGUGGGCUUGCUUUUGUGACGGCCUUGCUUUUUGCUGUGCAUCCUAUUCACACUGAGGCGGUAGCUGGAAUUGUUGGCAGAGCGGACGUGUUAGCAUGCCUGCUGUUCCUGUUGGCCUUUCUCUCCUACAAUAGGAGUGUGGGCCAGUGUUGUGUUGGGGAAUGUUUCCCUCCCACGGCGUCUCCCUUCUUCUUGCUGCUCAGUUUGUUUCUGGGGACCUGUGCAAUGCUGGUGAAAGAGACAGGCAUCACGGUGUUCGGAGUGUGCUUGGUUUACGAUCUCUUUUCCCUAUCCCACAAGCAAGAGAAAUCGAGCAAUGGGGUCGUUCAUCAGCGCAGCCCACGGCAGCCCGGGAGCCCCCAGCCCUCGUCACUGCCAGCGCACCCUCUCCGGGAGAACGGGAAGCAGCAGCGGUUCCCUCACAAAGGAUCUUGGGGUGGCUGCCACUCCCCAUUGCCACCAGAACCCAAGAGCAGCGGAUUCCCGGUGUCUCCUCGAGCUGCGUGGUCCAUGCUGAGGUAUCUGACAGCGAGCAGCAAUAGAAAUUUCCUGCUUACCAUGAGACCAUUCUUAAAAAGGGCCAUUUUGGUCAUAAGUUAUGUGAUUGUUGUGCUGUACUUUCGUCUGUGGAUAAUGGGAGGAUCUAUGCCCCUCUUUUCAGAGCAGGAUAAUCCAGCUUCAUUUUCGCCUUACUUUCUUACAAGAUUCCUUACCUAUUCCUACCUCUUGGCCUUCAACGUGUGGCUUCUGCUUGCGCCUGUCACGCUGUGCUAUGACUGGCAGGUGGGCAGUAUUCCUCUGGUAGAGACCAUAUGGGACGUGCGGAACUUAGCCACCAUCCUUCUGGCAGUUGUGAUGGCCUUAUUGAGCCUUCACUGUUUAGCAGCCUUCAAGAGACUGGAGCACAAGGAAGUUUUAGUGGGCUUGUUGUUCCUGGUUUUCCCGUUCAUUCCAGCCAGCAAUCUCUUCUUCAGGGUGGGUUUUGUGGUGGCCGAGAGAGUCCUUUACGUGCCUAGCAUGGGCUACUGCAUCCUUUUUGUGCACGGACUGAGCAAGCUCUGCACUUGGCUGCAUCGAUGUGGGGCCACCACCCUGACUGCAUCCACCGUGCUACUGCUGCUGCUUUUCUCUUGGAAAACUGUGAAACAGAACGAAAUUUGGCUGUCAAGAGAGUCCCUGUUCAGGUCUGGAGUUCAAACUUUGCCCCACAAUGCCAAGGUUCACUACAACUACGCCAAUUUCCUGAAGGACCAAGGUCGGAACAGGGAAGCAAUCUACCACUACAGAACAGCCCUCAAAUUGUAUCCACGCCAUGCAAGCGCCCUGAAUAACCUUGGAACACUGACGAGAGACACAGCAGAGGCAAAGAUGUACUAUCAGAGGGCUCUCCAGCUAAAUCCACAGCAUAACCGGGCUCUUUUCAAUCUCGGGAAUCUUCUUAAGUCCCAAGAGAAAAAAGAAGAGGCUAUCACUUUACUGAAGGAUUCCAUUAAAUAUGGUCCAGAGUUUGCAGAUGCGUAUUCAAGCUUAGCUUCAUUAUUAGCUGAACAGGAGAGAUUUAAGGAAGCUGAGGGCGUAUACCAGGCUGGAAUAAAGAACUGUCCAGACAGCUCAGAUUUGCACAACAACUAUGGGGUUUUCUUAGUUGAUACUGGCUCUCCAGAGAAGGCAGUGGCCCAUUACCAACAGGCCAUCAAACUUAGCCCAAGUCAUCACGUGGCCAUGGUGAACCUGGGGAGACUCUACAGGUCGUUGGGAGACAACAGUGUGGCUGAAGAAUGGUACAAACGCGCCCUGCAGGUGGCACGCAAAGCCGAGAUCUUAUCACCCUUGGGAGCACUGUAUUACAACACUGGCCGAUAUGAAGAGGCUCUGCAGAUUUACCGGGAAGCUGUGGCCCUUCAGCCUUCUCAAAGGGAACUCCGCCUGGCACUGGCUCAGGUUUUGGCCGUGAUGGGUCAGACAAAAGAAGCUGAAAAGAUGACCAACCACAUUGUGUCAGAGGAGACUGGCUGCCUUGAAUGCUAUCGCCUGUUGUCAGCCGUCUACAGCGAGCAGGAGCUCCACAACAAGGCACUUGAUGCUAUAGACAAGGCUCUGCAGCUGAAACCAAAGGACCCGAAAGUUAUAUCUGAACUUUUUUUCACAAAAGGAAACCAACUAAGAGAGCAGAACCUUCUUGACAAAGCUUUUGAGAGCUAUAAAGCAGCUGUGGAACUGAAUCCAGAUCAAGCACAGGCCUGGAUGAACAUGGGUGGAAUCCAACAUAUCAAGGGAGACUAUGUGUCCGCAAGAGCUUAUUAUGAGAGAGCCUUACAGCUGGUUCCAGACAGCAAACUGCUGCAGGAAAAUCUCGCCAAAUUGGAUCGCCUAGAAAAACGGUUACAAGAAAUUCGAGAAAAGGAUCAUACGUAGCAGCACUCGCCCCAGUCUCAAGGCACAGUGCUGGUGUCUCUGGAAGAGGAAGAAGUGAUGGAGGCCUUGCUCUCACAUCAGCAGGGGCACGACCAGUGAAGCUCUCCUCUCACACCCACUUCAAGGUGGCACAUUUGUGGACACCUGCCGGUAGCCCUGCUCUGAGAGACUUGUAUCUCCAUGAAAAAGGAGAAAAAGAGCAAGCAAGGGCAAGGAGGUCUGAGAGGGAAGGGAAACAACGAGUACACAUUUUACAGAUUUUUGUUUGCUUUAACUCCAGAUUUCCCUUCAUAUAUUUCUCUGCUUUUGCAAUCUGGAGAUGUAAUUCUACUUCUUAGUUUAGACUUUUAUGGGCCAGAAAUACAGAAGCUGAAAUGCUAUGAAGGCAGAGCAUGUCUUUAUGAGAUGAGAUAUUGCAAAGAGGAUAAAUCCUCUGAGAUAAGCCAUUUGGGAAAUUCUACCAAGAGGUGGCUCAUUUAAUUCUCCAGAACCAGAAAUAAGUAUCUAAUGGUUUUUGUAGAACCUUCUGGAAUAUGUGAGGAAAAGGGCUAUUGUUAAGUGAGUUUGAUCUGAUAUCCCCCUAAGGACAUUGCUAGAGCCCUGGUGAGGAGUAAAUUAAAUUCCGCUCUGAUGCAAGCUUUUCCCAUUGCCUAAUAUAUCAAAAAGGAAGCUUUUGAAUUCCGUAUGAAUAUUCUUAACCCUGGGGAAAAAUCACGGAUCUUGGUACCCCUAAUUCUUUAUGGAAAUUUUUAAAUUAUUUUAAUUUUUUUACAAGUAUUACUAGGGUAGUGGUUCUGCUCUAAGAUUUCAAAAGUGCUUUUAAAAUCAUAAAUGUUUCUGCCUCCAAAUAUAUUGUUAUUUUGGUGGAGAAAAAAAUAGUAUAUUCUACAUGAGAAAUAUUAAAAAUAUUAACUAAGAGAAAUGUUCUACUUUAUUAUCUUAACAUUCAGUCAUCGUGAGAGUUAUUAUUUUUUUGAAAAAUAUAUUUAACCAUUGAAGAAUCUUUACAAUAUAUCACAGAAAGCUUCAUAGACUCUUAACUAGAUGAAAAGAGAACUCUAUUGAUUUGUCUUCCUAGUGUUAAUGAAAAUUCUGUGCUUAGAACAUGAGUGAUGGAAACCCAGAGUUCUUGGUUCUGUAUUUGUAAUUUUGGAGAUUUCAUGGGGAAUGCUUAAAAAAUCUAGGGAAAAAAGUCUAAAUUCAUAAUUUAAAGAUAUAUAUAUUUAUAUUUAAAAGAUAAGGAAGGCAAAAUUGAACUUACAAUUUGAUAUUUGUUUUUUAGUAUUAUUUAUUUUAUAACUUAUAAAAUAUAUAAUAUAUAUACACAGUUUUUUCCUUGUACAUAGUUAAUAGCAGCUUUCAAAACUGAUCAUACAAAAAUGGUAAAUCUGAAUUACAAAGUAGUUAAGUUUUAACAGCCCCUCCAAAAAGUUGUGUUGAUUAUUCAAUUGCUGAAGUUAAAGAAAUUAGGGAUCAGCCUUUAGUGUUUGGGUGGUAAUAUAUUUUGGUAUAUAUUUUGAAAUUGGAACACCUGAUUCUAACUUGGUCAUCAUCAUAAAAUUUAAAAAAACAAAACACUCUGGGCAGUGCGUUCCUGGUGCUGAGGCAGGUGUCACAGAGAUAUAGUAAUCUGAAGGCACACAUAUUUCACAUGUUCAGGCCAGGGCAGAGUAAAAAGCAUUCUGCUUCUUUUCAAUUCAGGAUCAGGAAGCACUGCCCCUAUAUUGUUAUUUUUUUUUUUGUCCAGGUAAAUCUAGAUAAAAGGAAGAAAAACUUCUUUGGAAAGAGAUGAUGCGAGGAAUACUUUAAAUGCAAAGGAUUGCAGAAUUUGCAUUAGCAUACAUCCAUUUGUGUGCAUCAGUAAUCUAAUAAUGUUUAUAUUACCAAUGAUCUUCUGUUUCUAAUAGUCUUUUAAUGUUAUAUAUCAUAAAUUUAUCAAAAAUUUUAUUUAAAAUAUUUUUCUUCCCCAAAUUAUACUUACAUAGUCCUAAAGCCAAGAAAUAUACUACAGUGUUGAUUAUAAAAUAACCACCCCACCCCCAAAUUGAAUAACACGAGGCUCUAGCUAAAAAUAAUACCUAGGACUUGAAUCACAAAUUUUUAGAAUAAUGUGUAACCAAAACUCACAAAGUUAACGGAAAAGACUGACCCCCAAAUUUUGAAAAAGAAUUAUGCCUUACUUGAAAUGCUGCUAAAGGAAUGAGAGUAUAUUUGUUGGAAUAACUGAAAUGGCAAUUACAGCCUAAAAGUUUCUGAGAGAAAAGGGUCACAUGGCCUUCAGGAGACUUUCUCUACCUUCUUUUGUGUGCUUCCCCCACCCCCACCCCAUGUCUGUCUGUGUCUCCCUCCCCCCCUUUCCAUCCCCCUCUCUCUCUUUUUCUCACUCUUUGACUCUGUCUCAUUCUGUCUGCCCACACUGGCAUCUCUUUGAACAUUAAAAGUAAGCACUGUUGCAUCAGAUAUUUUUGUCCUGAGUUAAUACUACUUCACUGAGACGUGGUCAAUGAAAUAGUUUUCAUAGUUGAAAUGGUGCCUAUAAAAAGUAAACCACAUAUUAUUUUUCAAAGAUAUUAGAUGCAUUUUGUAACUAUUUUUAUUUGGUCCUUGUAACCUGAAACAAUAUGUGGAAUUUAUCCUUUUCAAAUGCAAACGGAGUGUCCUGGCUCGUCAUGGAGAUGCAUCCAGGUUGUCCUUAAUGGAAGCAUGAUUGGCAUGUGAGUUGAAAGCCCCUUUCUGGGAUGGAAUUGCAGAGCCAGCUUCAUGGACGUGCAGUCUGUGCAGUCCCUCAGGGUCUUGCACUCAGAAGCACCUUAUGCUUGGUUGAAUACUCUGCUUAAAUGUCUUAUUAAUUUGUGAACGGGGGGUCCCACAAUUUCAUUUUGCACUGGGUCAUUAAAUGUGUAGUGGGUCCUGGAUAGGAGGGAUUGCGGCUGAGGAUGAGACAGGAGGUGCUUUAGUCUGGCUGAACACUUGAUCCAAUGAUCAGAGUUUCAUUUGUGACUGUGUUUCUCUGAGCAGCAUUUGCUAUUUCUUCUCAGCUACAUUUAGAGUUCCUUGUGUACGUAUCUCCCCCCUCCUACUGCCAAUCUAUCUAACCCGUCCUUCAGUCCUAACUAAAACCAGUUCUUCUUGCCUUCAAAAUAAGUGGCAGUCCUUAACAUGUCCUUUG